GCGCCUCUCUUCGCCUCCCUUUACGCACGACACAUAGCUGUUUUUAGCCAUUAUUUUCUGCAGUUGUUGGUGAGAAAAGAUGGGUUGAAGGCGCCUGGAAGCUUUAAACGAAGGCGUGUGGACUAACAGCCACCAUGACUCGACUGCGGCGGAAGGCUCUGGUGGCCCUCUUCCUCUUCACCCUCUUCAUCUUCGGCACCAUGAUGGGACUGCGCACCCUCAAGCCCAGCGACGGUUUCUCGGACAUGGCCCCGGGUCUGGACUUCACUGGGGGGGAGCACUCAGAGCGCAGACGAGCUGACGCUAAAGACCUCCAAGCCGCAUCCCCCCAAUCCCAAACCGGAAACAGUGAUACCAAAGUUGUAUUCACCAGGUCUGACCGCGAUAGCAUAUUUUAUGACGUGCAUAUAUUUUAUUAUCUGUGGUAUGGGGCUCCGAGCAUGGACCAGAAGUAUAUUCACUGGGAUCAUGUGCUGGUGCCGCACUGGGACCCUAAGAUCGCAGCAAGUCAUGCCCAGGGAAAGCACUCGCCUCCUGAAGACAUCGCGGCCAGCUUCUACCCGGAGCUGGGGCCCUACAGCUCCAGAGAUCCAACAGUGCUGGAGAAUCAUAUGUCCCAGAUAGAAGAGGCUGCAGCAGGGGUGCUGGUGCUGUCCUGGUAUCCUCCUGGAGUGGCAGAUGAUCACGGAGAACCUACAGAAGACCUGGUGCCUGCUGUUCUGGACGCUGCCCACAGACACAGCAUCAAGGUGGCCUUCCACAUCCAGCCAUACAAGGGGCGGACGGAGCAGAGCAUGCAUGACAACAUCAGAUAUAUCAUUGACAAAUAUGGAAAACACGGCGCCUUCUACCGGCUCCGUUCCAGCACGGGUCGCGUCCUCCCUCUCUUCUAUGUCUACGACUCGUACCUCACCCCCUCUGACUCGUGGGCAGAGCUUCUGACACCCAAGGGCUCCCACACCAUCCGCGGCACGCCCUACGACGCAGUCUUUGUCGCCCUGAUUGUCGAAGAACGCCACAAAAACGACAUUUUAGCUAGCGGCUUCGACGGCAUGUACACCUACUUCGCUUCCAACGGGUUUUCCUUUGGCUCCUCCCACCAAAACUGGAAAGCUAUCAAGACAUUUUGCGAUUCUAAUAAUUUGCUGUUCAUUCCCAGCGUUGGGCCAGGAUACGUGGAUACAGCGGUUCGGCCUUGGAAUAACCACAACACGAGGAAUAGGGUGAAUGGGAGAUAUUAUGAGACGUCCUUGCAAGCGGCGUUGUCGGUGAGGCCUGAAAUUGUGACAAUAACUUCCUUCAACCAGUGGCAUGAGGGGACGCAGAUCGAGAAAGCGGUGCCCAAAAAGACAGCCACGCGCCUCUACUUGGACUACCUGCCCAACCAGCCAGAGCACUACCUGGAGCUGACGCGCCAAUGGGCUGAGAACUUCAACAAAGAGAAGGACAAGUGGUUACUGUGAAUAUUUUACAGACAUGAAUAAAAAAUUUCAAACGUUAUAAUAACCUUAACUAGUCUUGUAAAAGCACGAACAAAGACUUAGAGCUGAUUUGUGCUGUCUUAAAGGCACUGUACCUGAUUUAAAAAACUGAAAAGCAGAGCUAGUUUAAACAGUCUGCUGUGGUCCAAAAAGAUUUGUCACUUACCUUAUGGAUUCAUUUUGAAAAAAAAA